GAGACUUUACAUCUCUUUACCAUUGAGCUCUUUUCCAGUCCAUUCACAGCCUCGUUGGGUAUCGCACACACCGUUCAUUUUCAUUUGCAAAAGUGAGCAACUUGUUUUUUUCUUCAUGCUACCAUUCCGAGUUUGUGCGCAGUGUUAAUCCAACAACGGAUGUGAGUGGUACACAAUUAAAUUAACUGCUGCGGUGCGUUUUUUUACUCCAAGAAAAGAAAAUCCUCACGCAGAGUGCUUCAUGAGGAUGAUGAGAAUUUUCAGUGAAAAGAUGAAAGUGAUUUCCUGCCUAGUGUUAGUAGCAAUUUUAUCCAUUAAGUGCAAAAUAUCAGUGGCAUCCCCUCAAUAUUCAAAUGAGCACAUUUUGGAGAAUGCACCACAUCACGAGGAUUACAACGAUCCAGCACUUCGUGCAUCCUAUGACCGGAGUUUUGAGCCAAUUAUCAUCUCAAAUGAGAGGCUCUCUGAUGCUCAACAUCAAGCAUGGCGUCAGGUGGUCACAACACAAAAUCCGGAAGAGGAGUACCUCACAACGACACCUGUAGAUGUAGAGGAGUUCCGGAAAAGACGAAGACGACCCGGACGGAGGAGAAAAAAGAGACCAAAUAGUAAUUUCCUGUACACAACAACCACAGAAAUUCCAGAUGUGCGGCAAUACCAACGCCGUCCCACGUCUGAGACCUUCAGUGAUUCCGAUGAUAAUUACGGUGCUACGGGGCACGAUGUGAUGGGGAGUGCACCCCCAGAAUUUGAUAGUAUUCGCGAUAAAUCGUACAGAAAGCCAUAUUCAGUAGCAAAGAAAGAGGAACAGGGUAGCAACGAUGGUGUGGCGGAUUUGAAGCACAUCUUGAAGCAAGCUGGAGAAAGUUUGAGCCUGAGUGAAAUUCUGCAGCAGAAAAAUCUAUCUCUGUCUGAUUUCCUAAACAGGAAACCAACAGCAUUAGCAAUUCUUGCUCAACCAACACAACCAGUCCAGCAAUUUCCACGGCGGCUUCCUCACGUCGACACGAAGAAUCGACGCAUUGCCCCAUCACCCGCAGCACAAUCACCCGCCCCAUCAUCUGCCGACAAUGCAACAGACACCUCAAUGGAAACCAUGAUCACGGGUGAUGAUGAUGAGAAGGCAAACAAGAGAUUUCCAAUGUAUAUGCUAGAAAUGCCCAAGAUUCACGAUGGUGGGUACAAUUUGACGCGGGAUACUACGAAAUCGCAACAGAUACCAACAAUUUCGACAGCUCCUGAAGGAUUCAAGCAUAACCGCCUGCCAACGCGUGAGGAAAGAAUUAAACCCAUCAAAGAAGUUGUUUCUGGCAUUCGACCCGAUUUCGCCAAUACCAACAUCAGAUCGCACAAUGCUAAAUUCCCCACGAAAACAACGCUGCCUCCUCCUGAGCUUCCAAGUUCCAGCACAACGUCGAGACCUUCCCAGAGAUGGAAGCCACCGCCGUAUGAUGGGAAAGUAAUCUCAAAAUUCAAUGAACGCCGCACAUCAACUUCUCAACCGGAAAUUUAUGCUGAAGAAGCUUCGACGGAGAAUCACCCAGAAAUUCAUUCAACACCCACAACAACAACAACAACAACAGCCAGCAAUUACAUCACACCCGGGAGGAAACAAAUUGCAAUGCGCGACUACCGGAAUCGAAUGAAUUUGAGACCAAAAUUGAGGAUUGCCAUAAAGACCACCCCCAAGACAACCACUGAGGAGACAAUAAUUGAGGCAGUGAAGGAAGAACCGGAGGAAGAGCCGCAAACAACGGAGAUGGCCAGAGAAUUUGUCACUGCUUCACCAACUGAAGCGGAAAUUAGUGGAAAAUUGCUCGUGGUGAAUCAUACGGAACCUGAGACAUUCAAUAUAAUUGAGGAGAGUGAUCAGCUGGAGAGGCUGGAGAAGGCAGACAAGGAGGAAGAGACAAAAGAGGAGUCAAGACUCAAGGAACUCCCCGAUGAGAUUAUCCAGUCCAACACAGCACGAUCUGAUAGUAUUUUUGAGGCAGAUAUCAUUGAGAGGGUGAUCCAGAACACUCAGAGAGCCCUCGUGGGAUCCGGGCAGACGCGGGAUUUAAUGAAAAUGGACGUGACUGAGAGUAAUCCAUCACUGUUUGCCGACAUCUCAUCCGAAAGUACUGUGGAUGAGAAAACAGAAUUGAUGGAGUUACUCGGUGAUCGCAGAAGUGGUGCACGUCUCGCCAAGAUCCUUGCACAGCGCAAUAUGACAAUAAAUGAAUUGAUAGAUCACAGAGAGAGGGGCUCGAGUCAAGUUCACCUCGCUGAGAUCUUCCACAAUCGCACCCUGGCACGCAAUUUGCAUCAUCCACGCCUUCGUCCGGAAAAAUUGGAGAUCGUUACGACCUUUGAGAACUUUCCCCACUUCAGUUUUGCCAAUCUACGAAGUGUUAAACCAGAUGAUAUUAAAACAGACUCCCAGGGUUCCAGCUAUUUUGCCUCCAUCAUCAAUGUGAAGCCCACUGAUGAUACAAAAACACCCAAAGCUAAUCCCCGGGCGAGUGGCUACCCGACAAACUUUAAUCCCUACGACACCUCCACGCCUGAGAAGGAAUCCGCCGCCCCAUCUUCUCGCGUUUCUCCAGCAAAUGCAAAUUACGCCGAUGAUGGGGAUAUAAUUGAAAAGGAAAUUGCGAGGAUAAAUAAUCAGCUGGAUUUGGAGAUUGAGCAACAACAUGCGGUCAAUAGGAAGAAUAUUGUCAAUGCCUAUUUGACGUCGGGUGUACGAUCAGCCAUUGUGGCCAGUUCCUGCAUCGUGGCGGGAUCUGUAAUGAUCUUCAUCAUUAUCUUCGCCACAUGCCGCUGGAGGCAGAGGCGCAACCGGAAGCUAAACUACUCAGACAGCUUCAGUGGAACACGUGGACGACUGCCAAUUCUCAAGAGACAAACCUCAAGACGCGCCUCAAAUCCCCCGGAAUACCUUCACACAGAGCCACGACUCAGUAAGCUCAAUACAAUGGAUUCCAUGUCAGGAGAUGUUCAUGAUUAUCUCUAUGAUGCUAUGAGAAAGGGUUAUCCCUGAUAAGAUUCCACGUGUACCCAAAUUUGAUCAGGUGAUGGGAUUUAUGAGGGCAUUAAGUGCUGUGUUGAGUGGGCAAAUUCAAGUUUAAUUGAGAAAAUCUAACGUGCAGAGUAAGAUCAAAAUUAUUUGAGAGGUCAUCAAGCUUUGAAGAGAGUUCAAUAAAUUUUGGUGGAGGAUUUUUUAGACAAAUUAAAUUAAAUUUUAAACCAAAAAAUAUAAAUUUUAGAUAAGAUUUUAAGAUAUUUGGGGUUUUUGCUCUCUUAAAUUAAAAGGGCAAUAGAUCAACCUGAAAAGAAAAAAAAAGCUGACCUCUCAUCAAUUUUCCUACUUUUCCAAUCAAUUUACGAUCCAAUAAAUUUCUCUGUUAGAAUUGAUUCUUGAGAAAAUUAUAUAUUUUUGAUAAGAAUGAUAAAACUCUGCAUGCUGUGUUCAUUGGCUACUCAACACUCUGCUCAUCACUGAAAUCAUGCAUGUGGGAAAGAAUGUUAAUAUCAGAAACCGAGUGCAAUAUCCAAACUAAAAAAGAAAAAAAGCUGAGAGAUGAAUUCUUGGGACAGUCUUGAAGAGAUUGUGGAUGACCAAUCCUUGCCUAAUGUUUUUUGCUAAUAAAUUAUUAUCAUUUUUUUUUGUACAAAA